AUGUCCGCGUCCAUCGUUCAGAAGUUUCGUCCACUAAUUAUAGCACAAACAAAUACAAAAUGUACUGGCUCCGUUAUAUUUCUCCACGGGUCAGGAGACACAGGCCCGGGAAUUCGUCAGUGGUUACAGAGCGUUCUAGGAGAGGAAUUUGCAUUCCCACACCUUAGAGUUAUCUUUCCAACUGCACCUCCAAGGCCAUACAGUCCCAUGGGUGGUGCAGUUAGUACUGUUUGGUUUGAUCGAGAUCAGAUUUCUCCAUUCACAGCAGAAACUGAGUCUCUGACUACAGCGUGUAAAGAAGUUUCACAUUUAAUUGAAGCAGAGGUUAAAAAUGGCAUUCCUAAGAACAGGAUUGUAAUUGGAGGGUUUUCCAUGGGUGGUUGUUUAGCCCUACACCUUGCAUACAGAUUCCACAAGGAGAUAGCUGGAGUGUUUGCCUUAUCCAGUUUUCUCCAGACAGAAUCAUCAGUGUAUAAGAGUAUAAAAGAAGACGGAAGCAGUCUUGUUCCGCUGUUUCAGUUCCAUGGCAAGAAGGACUGUUUAGUUAUGUAUGAAUGGGGGGAAGACUCCUUUCAAAAGUUGAAAUCUCUCGGUGUCGAAGGGCAGUUUCACACAUUGUCACAUCUACAACAUGAAUUGAAUAGAAAAGAAAUUGAACUCUUAAAGCAAUGGAUUGUAGAAAAAGUUCGCAACAAUUAAUUAAUAUUCAAAUGUUUAAUAAUAUUAACUUAAACAUUGUGUUAACAGGGCACAAUAUUUCACGAGAACCAUUGUUCUGUUCGCAUGUCAGUUAUGCAACUUUAAAAUCAUGUGAACCGCUAAUCAGUUACAUGGUGAACCAAUACAUUCUAAAAUUAAAAGUACCUAUCAGUAGUCAAAUUAAAAAUCUUUAGUUUUUUAAAAUACAUUUGAACCAUCAAUGUAGCAUGGAACCGUAGUCUAAAUGUUUUAGGAUUAAGUAGGUCUAACUCAUCGGUUAUGUGAAUUAUAUUCAAGUAACCGAACAAUCGGUCACCUAAUUAAAACUCACGUGAACUGACUUCCGGUUACGUUAGAUUUUGAAAUAUUGUACCCUGCAGUGUAGGAAAUGUUUGACAGUUAAUAUGCAUAGAACUUAAUAUAUUUUAAGAAUUAUGAACUCUAAGACAAUAGUUGGAUGAAGGGUAUUACGAUAACAUUCUUGAUUACAGUUUUUAAUUUUGCAUUAAUUUUUAUGGAUGUUCCCGGUGGCCAUUAGGUUAAGACUAAAUUGUCAAAUGUCGUGUGAUCUAUAGUGGUAGCUUCAAAUGUUACCACUAUACAGUACUCAACUUCACAUACUUUUGCAAAUCCUGGAAAUUGUAAGCAGUACUAACACCAUGAAAUACAGCAUGAUACCCUAAAGAAAACUUGUUUAAAGUGACAGACCCUAGUUUUUAAACACUAAGGCCAGUUUAUCACUAUUAGAGCCGUUUAUGAUCACUUAUAUUUUAAUGUUUUGAUUUUUAUGUUUAGAUUAUCAGUUUCCAUACAACCCAAAGUAUUUCUGGUAAUCCUGGUGUUUCUAAUAGGACAAAAUGCAUUUUUCAUAUUUGCAAAAACGCAUGUUUAUGAAGUCAAGUUCUAGUCUAUUUUUAAAGAUAUUUCCAUUUCAAUGUCACAGACUUAGUCAUUUUAAAGAAUAUUUCCAUUUCAGCGUCACAGAAUCUUGUUUCACUCUAUUGUAACUUUAUCCAAGUGUGUUACAGGUUUGUACAUUAACUAAACUUAGUGUCCAUUUUUACCGUUUACGAGAUUAUUUUGGUAAAUAAUGAUAUGCAUUUAUGAAUGAGAUGUCAUAAUUAUGAUAUGUUAUCUAUAGUCCAUCCCAUCCUACAAAAAUGAUAGUGAAUAUAAAAGAUCCCUUGCUAUUAAUGGAAAAAUGUAGCAGAUUUCCUCUAAGACUAUAUGUCAAAAUUACUAAAUGUUUGACAUCCAAUAGCCAAUAAUUAAUAAAUCAAUGUGCUCUAGUGGUGUCAUUAAACAAAGCAAACUUUAAAAUAAUUAUUGUUGAGCACUAUACAUGUACUAUUAAUAGUUAUUGAUAGAUUCCACCUAGCCUUUGCUUUCACCAUCAUCGCCACCAUGACUUUGGGGUUUUUUCCACCAAGCAAAUGUGAAAUGCAAACAGAUGGGUUCUAUUGAUAUUCAGUAGUAUAUUUCUGCCAAGUAAAAAAAAGUUAAAAGUUUAAUGACAUCACUGCACUGGAGAAAAAUUGAUGGGAUGUCAAACAUUUGGUAAAUGUAGUCUUAAAUGAAAAUGUAUUACAUUUUGAAUUUUCAUUAGGAGCAAGGAAUCUUUUUAUAUGUACUUUCCCACAGACAAGACAAAACAUACCAAAUCCUUUGUUAUACGGCCAGGCCUCCCAGACCUAUAUUUCCUAUAUUUUUUUAUAGGAUCCUAUAAAACUCCUAUAUUGAGAUUCAUUUCCUAUAUUUAACUCAAUUGCUUUGCCAAAUGCUAAUGAAUAAAAUAUGUUAGUGAGUUAUAUUGGCAGUGAAAGGUAGCCUGUCAGAAAUUCAGAAGAUGCUUUGAAUGUGGGAGAUCUGUAUCAAGUGCCAAACAAGAUCCUGCUCACCUGAUGAGGUGAGGAGGAUGUAUUACUGACACAAGAUGCACCAACUUUCAAAAUAUCCUGGAUAUCGGCAUGGACUGCUGGCAAGCCUUGGUAUAUAAUUGUUGAGGUAGUAGAUGGUAUCUUGUGUACAUAAUGUGUACAAGUGGCUGGGAGGCCUGUUAUACCAGUUGGGGGACAUUGGUUGUGAUGGGAAGAAACACAAUCAGAGAAUGGGUACACCUAGGAGAUUUGAUCCUUUAGCCCAAGCACAUUAGGUGAGCGCUUUACUGAGCUAUAUUCAGACCAUGACAGAGAGUAAUCAAAACUCCAUGUG